UCGUCAGAGCUUCAUCAAGUGGGACUGUCAGCAGCAUGUAAUGUACAGUAGGGCAGCUGGGCUUUAUUUUGCUUCCCAGGCUGGAAACCACUGUAGUGCAGUUGGACUUGACGUCUAGCAACACAACAUCCCAGACUUAAAACAAGCAAGACGAGGCGACUUAGCACGUUAACGACUGCAUUUACAGCUGUGGAGCCAGUGUGAGAGCGCCUCAGUAUCUCGUGCUGGGCUCAGGACUGCAGCAGCAGGACAAAGGACAUAAGAGGCGAAAGAGAGGACGGGAGGCAAAAAAAAAAAAAAAAAAACAAGGGAACAAUCCAGCAAAAGAGCUCAGAGAAUGGGAGGAGACAGCAUGCUGAUUAGAGCCAUGUUUAAGAGACAAACCUGACUGUGGAGCAGACAAGUGGACAGAUAGACUGAGAGAUAUAUAGAUUCUUAGAUCAAACGCACAAAAGAGGCUGGGACGCUCACCUGCAGCCAGGCAGGUUGAGAAAUUGAGAGACAGCCACGAGUUCAAAGUACUGGCCAUGGCUCUAAGCCUUCUGCUGGGAGGAUAGAGGUCAGAUUAACCACACUCACAGAGUAACGUUUUAAAUUCUUCUAACCUGAUUCUGACUCCAGAUCAGUGUUGGAAACACAAAAAGACCCCUUCAUCUCCAUCUUUUGUUCUCCAUUCCUCUUCCUCUUACAUCACCAUAUUCAAUAAGUCCUGUGUACUCUGCAGGAGCAACGCUGUCAAAAGACAGUUGAGUCAUCACGCACACUAGUUCACCAGUCAACUUUGUGCUUUUUGUGUACAGAGUAACUGUAUGACGGUGGUCUCCCACAGAAUUUCACAGACAGCGGCCUUUUAUUCCCGCACAUGGACUGUUGAUGAAGAAAGAUGGCAGUGAGACUGGCAGGCGCCGCCCCUUCCUCUCGGCCACCCUCCCUCCCCCCAUCGGCCGCGCCUCGGACCGGUUAAGGUUUCUCUAUUGGCAUCCAUCGCAGCAUCGGCAGCAGCUGGCAGAGCGCGGGAAGGAACAGUAUGCAGGAAACUGACUUACCGGCCACAAAUGCCUUUAAAGAGUGCAAGUUCCACUGCACCAAUGGGAAUUGUUUGCGUCUGGGCUCGCUGAUCUGCAACCAGCUGAAUAACUGUGGGGACAACAGUGAUGAGGAGAACUGCCCCGUGGUCACCCAGCACCCUCCACCGGGCAUCUUCAACUCUGAACUGGAGUUUGUUCAGAUCGUCAUCAUCAUCGUGGUGAUGACAGUGAUGGUGGUGGUGAUCAUCUGCCUGCUCAACCACUACAAGCUGUCUACCUGGUCCUUCAUAACAAGGCAGAGCCAGGCCCGCAGGCACGACCAUGCACUGCAGCAGGAUGGCUGUCUGUGGCCUUCAGACGGCGGCUCUCGACAAGGUGCCUCGGAGGUACUAUACGCUCCCCAGGCCAGGGAUCGCUUCACCGCUCCCUCUUUCAUGCAGCGCGACCGCUUCAGCCGCUUCCAGCCCACCUACCCGUACCUGCAGCACCAGAUCGACCUGCCGCCCACCAUCUCGCUGUCGGACGGCGAGGAGCCCCCGCCCUACCAAGGGCCCUGCACCCUGCAGCUCCGCGACCCCGAGCAGCAGAUGGAGCUCAACCGCGAGUCGGUGAGGGCGCCGCCCAACCGGACCAUCUACGACAGUGACUUGAUCGACAUGGGAGGAGGCGGGAGCUUGGGAGGGGUGGGGGUAGGAGGGGGAGGAAUGGGCGGAGGCGGUCCUAGGCCGCCCAGCAGUAACUCGGGCAUCAGUGCGGCCAACUCCAGCAGCCACGGGCGCAUGGAGGGCCCCCCGCCAGCGUACAGCGAGGUGAUGGGCCACUACCCCGGCUCAGCGUUCUUUCUACACCAGCACAGCAAUAACCAGAGGGUGGGGGGGCCGGGGAGCAGGACGAUCCAGCAGCAGAGCCAAUCAGAAAGCACAAUAGUACCUGCCAAGGCCAAGGACGGCCAACCAGAGGACCUGGUGUGAAGAAUUGGGUGUGGGGUGGGGGGCGCAAUUAGGGCCACCCACCCCAGACUGAAAACUAGCUCUUCUCUUCACCCCUGAUCCACCUGUAAGCAGUCUCUCUAUGGUCUCUCUAUCGCUCUCUCUCUGUCUCACAUGUCCUCUCUCCACACUCCCAUGCACAAAUAAAUAUCAACACUAGCUACAACUAAACAAGGAAAGAGAGGAACCAAGAGCUGAUUUCAUUUCACUUUCUUUCCAAUGUUAGUAAUUCAGACAGCUAGCACCGUGGGGCAGGAUGUGUGCACUGCGUGGAGAGUUUUUUUUCCCCUCUACAUGAGAAAGAAACAUACUGCUAGCACAGAUUGAAACGAUUUGCUUUUUUGUCCCCUCGGGUGACGGCUCUGUCCCCGGGAACUGAGGAUGACGUUGUUUUCUUUUUUGUUUCUUUUUCGGACCGGGAUCUGUGCACAAAGCGAGAACUGAGAAUCAAGGACUUACAGAGAACACAACAAAACAGACUCACAAACCCAAAUCUUAGUGCCAAGGUUCAAGAGGAAGCAAAGCAACUGGGGGGGGGGAUGACUCGUUCUAACAUUCAAAACACAAAAAAGAAAAGUUAUCUAAAAGUUGCACUAUCUUUUUGUUGUAAAAGAGAAGAGGGAAAUUAUGCUAUGUGAUGAUGAUAAUGAUGAUGAUGUGUUUGUUUUUCUCUCUUUUUUUUCGUCCUUUUCAUGAAUGGGACUGACUGACUGAUCUUUGGCUCCAAAGUUGUUCAAACCUUUGGGAGCAGAAAAAACAAACAAACAAGUAUUAUAAGCUUAUGUCCUUCCUAUUUUGAAAACCGCAAGAAAUACUCGUACCCAGCCUACAACAUCUCUGUCUGCUUACACCACAGGCACAGUGAGACUUAGUAAGAGAAUAACCUUGUACUGCUCACGUCUGUGUACACUUCAGCCGAGUGGGGAAGAAAUCUGUCUCGUGACCAGCCGCUGGGUAUACCAAACAUUUCUUGCUUCCUCGAGUAGUUUGUUAAAAGAUUUUGGAGAUGGGUUUCCCAAACCAGAGUAGUUCCUAAACUCUUAAAAAGAUGACAGCUGCUUGGCAAGAUCCAACAUGCACCAUAUUAACAUUCUGGGAAAUCUGGCCAGCUGUUUGGAUAUCAAGUUAACAAAGAUACAUAAUAACAAAAAAACAUAUCUAACUGUCCAUCCAGCAGCCUGGUCACAGCAGAUUCUUCACUUUUCAACUCUGACCCGACCUCUGAGCACCUGACACUUCCUCUUUCCUGUUUCCUGCGUCCCCCCCCCCCCCCCCCCCCCCACCACACACACACACACACACACACCCUCUCCUCUCCUCUCCCCCGUUCAUCUCGACAUGCACAGUGCAUUCUGCCAACAGCCACACUGAACACGAAACCCCGCCGCCAUGACAACGAAAACAAAAACAAAAAAAAAGAAGGCUCGGCUCUCCGUCUUCACGUCUCUAAAGCCACAAAAAAAACCCAACAACAACAAAACAAACCCAAGAUGACACAAAGUGAAGAUUCCUGUCUGCAUCCGCCAGCACAGCGAUCAGGUUCUAAACGAAAACUGUCUGUGGUCGAAGUCAAAGGGCUAUGGGAGGGUCCUUUUUGUAAAAGAAAACCUUUUUGAAAAUCGAGCCUUUUUCUCUGCUCAUCGUUGCCUUCUCCUCUGCUCCUGUGCUUUCUCUGUCUCGCUAUCUUGUUUGUGUUCAACGCCAGUGCCCCCUCCACCCCACCCUCCCUGCUUUUUAACAGUGUCUCUGGUUAACACUGUUCCAUCAUCCCUCCUUCCAUCCAUGUGCAGAAAAAGUGUGUUCAAAUGAUGCAGAGUCCGCCAAGCCCUUUAAAGUGGAGACUGGAGUGGAGUCCUUGUUUGGCAGUGUGCGAGUGCAGUCCUCUCCUCCCUGUGUGUGCGUGUCUGUGUGUGUGUGUGUGUUUGUUGGUUAGACCUUUUAACAACACAGAAAAGCACUUAAUGCUCCUGCAGGAACAUUGUGUGUGUGUGUGUGUGUGUGUGUGUGUGUGUGUGUGCACGCGCGCGUCUGAGUGAUUUAUUAGCCGACUGCUUUGUCUGAGUUUAGAGAUUCAAGGACAUAAUACUUAUUUGGCACUGUCCAUAUUAACACAUCAUUAAUUAAGCUUUCAUUAAAGCCAGAGAUGCAUGGUGGUUAUUCUUGUGGUGCAGAAGCGACCUCACUGUAAAGCUCAAAGAAAGCGCAUGCCACAGUCCACCCAUCAGGUUACAGCUGCACGAGUAACGUCAGCAAUCCAGUAGAUUCACACACUGUGUCCCAGUUUCAUACUGUUCAUACUAAAAAAAGUCUAAAAACUCAGUUUGUACACUAAAAAAGCUUGUGAGUGGAGUGAAGAUGGACACUAUUGUCCCUCAAUGCAGUGCACAAAAGAAAAUGGAGCUGCUCACUGCUGCAAAAUAUUAAAACAAAUAGUGGACGGUGGUAAGACAGCUCGAGGAACAUCUGAGAAAAUAAAAUGGAAAGUACUAAAUCUCUGGAAAAGAAUGUUGAGGAGAUUAUGAGGAUAAGGUUGGUGUUCUCCCAUAUUUUUAUUAUUGUCAACAAAUCACAUGAUCAAAAUCCUACAGUGUGUUCCUUUGUCCGUCAGUACUUCCAGACUUCCUUACCAUCUGUGGCUCUCAGGCCAAAGCCCGCUGGUUUAGUCUUUUUGUGGGAUUUGCUGACAAUAAGAAAAAGACAGAAUAUCACCAGACUUACCUUUCAUCUGGCAGUGGCACAGUUUGAUUGACACAGGAUUACUUCCUGUUAGGACAGCACAGAAAAAAGUAAGAAAAAUACAUUGAUUCUUCUUACAGUUUACUGUAACAAUCAUAUAGUAUAUAUUACGAAAUAGGGACACAGCUGCCUUUUAUGCUCUAACUGAAUAAUUAGAUUCAUGAUUUCUACGGACUUAAGUCCUUCUUUGAAAUAUUCUGCUGGCGCAAGUUACAGCCCGACGUUGCCUAAAGCAGCAUUAAUGAGUAUUUAAAAGUAUCAUGUCAUGCUAAUGCAGCAGAGAGGUCCUCUGCUGCGCUACAUUCCAGUUGAAACCUCAAACUGGGAGUCUGGAAAUGUUCCUGUAGGUGAGAAAAAAGUGAACAGUCCCCUGCGUGUGCACUUAGAGCUCACAUCUGACUUUACAUAAUUCAGAUGUCAUGAUGGUGGGGCAAAAAAAGGUUUUGGGUCAGUUUGAACGAACACCUUCAGAUUCCGUUAGCAUCCGUGUGUUUGAAUGUGUGCACGUGUCCCAGUUGUGUGUUUCCGGUCAGUGUGUCCAUCUGGAUCUACAGUUGUGUAUGUGUGCGUGUUACUACAUCGCUGCUGCUAUUGCUGUUGCUGCUGCUACUAUUGUUGCUACUGCUGCUUCUCAUGCCCCACCCCCACCCCACCCCCUUCAGUCGUCUUUCCUUCUGUCCAUCCCGCCCCUUCAACUCAUCCAAAACUAGAAGGAAAGAAAUCUGACCCUGUGCAGUCAAAAGCACAAGUACUGAGACAAAAUAAAUAUGGUCUUGUGUCCUUUUAAGACUCAUAAUUUCACAUUUUCUUUUUGUUACACAGAAAUUGGGAUGAGUGAGUUAUGAGAAGAUUGUCCUAACACUUUUGCCUUUGACUGUACGGACCUGCUUCAAACCUACGUUUCUUUCCUCUUUUUCUUCCUUCUUUCUGUUGUUUUUCUCGCCUUGUUCUGUCUGCGCAGUCAUAGCUUGUAAAUUGAGGAUAUAAAGAUGAAUUUUAUGUUUUCUACAAGGAGGUUCGCAUGUUACUAUUAUGUGAGUAAAUAAGGUGCCUAAUGUUCAUGUUUGAGCAGACCACACCUCAGUCAAACUGCUGCUUGGAAUCCUCACAGGUGCUUUACCUCAGGCUUGGCCUCUUGUCUGGCAGAACGGAACAGAAAUAUGUGAGAAAAGGUUAGCUAGGUUUGCCAAAAAAUUAUCUCUGAUGAUCUCCAGUUUAAAUAGAGACUGAGUCUGAUCCUGCAGUGAAGUAGACAAAAACCACAUUUAAUACAAGGUCUACAAUUACACUAUAAAUUCGGUGACUACAGGACCAGCAGUGUGCCUGUUUCUGUGUGAGCGAAACACAGGCUGCCUCUCCAAACUGCAGCUCAACCUUGACCAUUUUUAGCUCUGUGCUCCGGUUACGAUCAGUGCACAGGUGGUGUUUGCAAGCGGGCUCGCCAGCCUGCUCACUUCCAUUAUGCCAGACAGGAGGGUCACUCACCGGGCGAAGCAACUGAAGCUAUUUCAACCAGAAAUUUGACCAGCGUGUGGAGCAGACAUAGGAACCCACUUGCACUCAAAAAGCUCCCACCUUCGUUGUGCCUCACUUCCAACGGUGCUUUUUUCAGUAGUCUGUCUUUCUUUAUGUUUGUUUGUAAGGUGCUGUAUAUAACUUGAAUAUAUUAUGCACAUAUCCUACCCAAUGGGUAGAAACCACAAAAAAUGUUGUGAAUAAUGUAAUAUAAUGUAUAGACAAUAUAAGAAUUUUAAGAAGGCAUCAUCAAAUUUGUAAAUGCCUACAGUUAAAAACAUGCUUUGUCUUUUUUUUAUGAGAAAACAUGGUUUGCAAAGUAUGCUUAGAAUAUGGUUGCAACUCAAAUACAAAUUACUACUUAUAAUAUUUUGCUAUAAAUAAUAGUCUGUUAUGAUAAGGAUGAGAUAACCUCUGGAUUAAGUUGUUGAGAAAGGAUAUUAUUCACUUGUUUAUUGGAUCAUCUGAAAACAAGCUUUCACAGUGCUUGCCAUCAUUUGGGUACUGGCUGGUGGGUUUAUUUUCACCACAAUCGUCUAACAAAUGUAUAGUUCUAUAACACACAUCUUUUAAGAAAAACAGAGAUCACACACAUCAGUUGGUGUUUAUGCCACGACUUCAGCCGGGCCCCCGGGUGAAUUUCAAACUUCUUUGUAAAUUGUUGAAGAAAAAGCUGAGGCUGUCUAGCGUCACAUGACCACUGCACUCGAGAGCAGUCAGCACUUCCAAAUACGGAAGAAUAUGUGUCUGUACUCAUAGAUCUUAACAAUAUUUUUCUUCUUUUCAGCUGUAAUGUUGUAUAUCUGCCAAAGUAUAAAUCUGUGGAGCACACUCAGCACUGCUGUAGAUCCGGCUGGAUAUUAGGCUCUGGUUAAGGCAUUUCAGCUCCGUUACAGGGGGAUCACAGACUUUUGAUCAUGUUAAUGUUGAACAGAAAAAGUGUAAAACAUUGAAGGAAAAAUGGUCAUUCCCUUUUUGGUCAAGAUUGGAAAGUUGCAACAGUGUGAAGCGAGUGAAAGAUGCCGUUAAAACUGUCAUUUAACUUUUCUCUCUUUAUUAUUGUCUUUUUUAUUUUAUUUUAUUUUCUACAUUACAAUGUUAUAUGUGGCACAGUAUAUUGAAACAAAAGUCAUGUUUAAUCUGCAGUCAUUUAUUUACAGUAUGUACUGAAAAUAACUCCACUGUACAAUAACCGCAGAGCAUGUUCAUUCUUAUCUAUAGACGAUGUACAUAGCAACGCGCCAUUUUCUCUUCAAAGCACCAAAUAAGUGGCAGUUGUGUAGUUUUAAUUUGGAAACGUCUCUAUUGUAACUUCUUCUUAAUAGACCUUUUUUUCGUUUCCUGCACUAGCUUGAAGAACUAACUUGGGCUCAGACUGAUUUCUAUUUGAUUUCUCCCCCUGCAGCGCGCUCCCUCUUUCCACUUAUCAGAAGUCUGUACUCAACUGCUGACAACAAGUAGCUGUUUUUAUCGUUCCAGAUUUUAAUAAUAAUGAUAAUAAUAACAAUGAUAACGUCUCAACAGUUUGGUAUUCUCUCUGUCUUGACAGUUACCAUAGGACUGCUUCCAUCAUGGGUUUUGUAACAUCGGUUUGCUUUAUUUACAAAAUGAAUCCUUCUCGUUCCCUCCUCCCCCCUCUGUGCUGAAAUCUAGAUAUAUAUAUGACUGUAGUCAGUAACCGUACAGUAUAUAUAUAUCCAAACGCAGAGGUAAAAUUGUUGUGUAUUUUUGCCUCUUUUUAUUUAAGCAAUUGUGAUGUAAUAGGUUUUAGGCCUAAGGUCUGUUAUUGCAAUACUUUUACAGAAAAGAAAAAAAAUCAAAAAAUGUUGCUCUAAGUGCUGUUGUAGUCAAAGAUUUUAUGCUUGUACUUAUGCUGUAGUCAAACUGCAGCGUAAUGAAUAAAACUUUAAAAGUGA